AGAUAACACAGACUACAGACACUGGUAUACCAGUCAGUCAGACGGACAGCUUUAUACAGUAUGAGGACGUGAACGAGGGAGCUCAAAAUGCAGCGGUCUCAGGCAAAGAACAGCCCCAGGUAGAGCAGGCGGAUUACAGCGAUACCGAGGCCAGGGACACUGUAGAUGAAGAAAUUGGAGUACGUCGCCUAGAAAGGUGUUGCUCCACCGACUCCAUCAGUUCAACGACCUCUGAUUCAUCCAUCGGGGACAAUUUUUUCAACACAAUGGGACAGAUCGAAAUAGUAUUGGAUUACGAUGGCGACAACUCCACGUUAACCCUGACAUUGGUUCAAGCCAAAGAACUACGCCCUCUCGAUGACUGCAUUGGCCCUAUGGACACGUAUGUGAAACUAAUUGUACUACCGGACUGUGACGCUCGAGCUCAAUCCAAGGUGUUCAGGAAGAGUUUCAAUCCGAUAUACAACGAACGGUUUGUGUUCACUCUGCACCGUGACGAUCUGGAACAACGUUCCCUGCAGCUGUGCGUCUAUCACUACGACAAGUACUCCCACCACGAAGCUAUCGGUGAGACAGAGAUGAGACUUGGCGACGUCGACCUCAUUCCCGGAGCAUUCAGUACCUGGUUGAACCUCGUCGAUGUAAAUGACAAGCCGCAAGAUUUAGGCGACAUCAUGUUCUCGUUAAGUUAUCUCCCUACAGCGGAAAGAUUGACGGUCGUUAUAGUGAAGGCAAGGAACUUGAAAUGGAACGAGGCCAAAGACUCCGCUGAUCCGUUCGUCAAAGUGUAUCUUUUACAGAAUGGUAAGAAAAUCAGCAAGAAGAAGACAGUUGUGAAAAAAGACGAAAGGUGUCCGAUCUAUAACGAGGCUAUGAUAUUCUCAGUUCCGUCGAGUGUGCUGCAGUCGGUAACUCUUCGCGUGACAGUAGCUGAGAACUCGGUCAGUGGAAAGAACCACAGUGUAGGUCACGUGCUUGUCGGGCCUAACGCCACUGGGUCGUCCCUGACGCACUGGAAUCAAAUGAUGACGUCAUUGCGAAAGCCUGCGGCAAUGUGGCACUCUUUGAGAAAGUAUUAGUAUAAGACAUAUUAACACGUGGGCGCUAUACUGCUCUUUGUACCCAGAAUUUCGAUUUCGAUAUCUUGUUUUAUUACUAAUAUUGCUAACGGUAGCCCAACACAAAUAAUAUAUUUGACAUUAACUGCAAUCAUUUUUAGUUUUUAAUAUGACGCAAAUGAUGAAUAUCAGGUGUAUAUCGAAUCUCUAUUAUUGCUUGUCUACACACCCGGUGACUUGUCGUCUGCGCUGUCUCGGUGCAGACCACGUGACACGCCCGCUGUAACAAACUCAAUGCUCCGUAUUUUUGUGACCAAUUGAGCAAGUCACACGACGCACUGAAUUGUUCCACGCGCGCGUUAGGUGAGAAGUCAAUAAUAUGCAUAAAAUCGUCUGCCGUGAUGCCAUAUUUUCUUCCACAAUCGAAAGUUUGGCACUGUUUUUUUUUUCUCUACUGACAUGUGACGCCUGAUUGGUAACUUGCGACGCAUGCGCAUUGCAUGUCAGAUUCGGAGUUUAUAGACGAGGUGCUGCCAGAAUUAUCGUUGGGGGCGUUCUAGCGGAUCCCCGAAUCGAUGUAAACGCACUCGGUACUGUCGCGGUGAGCAUGAAUUAGAAUGAGGCUGAAAUUCUGAACAACGCGUCUGAAAAUGCAGCGUCAACUUUUUGCCCAAAUACGUUCAGCACAAAAGUCAGCUGACUCAUUAUAAUCGUCAAUCAUUAUGAAAACAACAACAAUAAGUUUAAUAAUUUAAGUCGUUGGUGGCGCCAGUCAGUGACUAUGUAUUGUGUGCCCAUCUCGUCGUUACACGAUGAUUAUGUAAUCGUUUUUUUUUUUUUUUAAAGAGAUACAUAAUAUAUUUAAAAUCUAUUAAAUAGUAAGUGGUUCAGUAGUGGACUCGUUUAGUCACAUAAACUUCAAGUUCAUAAUCAGGUAGUACUCAUAAAUAGUACUCAUAAAUAAGUAAAUAUGUACUUGAAUUAACCACCGUGAAUUAACGUAGUGAUUUUCGUUCUCUCGAUUUUGAUAUCACAUAACUUGUCAGAUUUCAUUCGUGUUAUUGUAGUGGUUGCACUAGCUUAAAUUAUUAUGUGUCACGUUUUUAUUGCGUCAUCUUUGACCAUAUGUGCUUUGUAUGAUAGCGUUCUCCAGGGAAUACUUAGAUAUAUUUUGAUAGUAGUUUAAGGACCCAAACAUUUUGUAUUUUUAAUAUUCGUUGUGGACCAACUAAACCGUUUAUGAUGUAGAAAAUUACGUUCACAUUUUAACAUUUCCGCUGUAUCUUCUUCUAUCAACAUAUACCACUGUAUAUACGACUUCGAUCAGUAAUACAGAAACAACACACAAACGUAAGUGGCUCCCUCUAGCGGGACAACGUAUUUAUGUGACGUAAAGGUGGGUGCAACACUGUUUGGCUGUUCUGUAUAGCAACUCUGUCAAAAUCGUGAUUUUACUUGGUGGACGAUCAAAUAUCAAAAAAAUUUCGAAAUUGUGAACGGCGUUCUUUUCAGAGUCACCAAUUGACGCCACAUAAGCGAAUCGGUGUUAGAGGGCGCAAUUUAUAUGAACGAUGUAUUAUUCGAAACUUCGAUUAGUUUAAAAAACAAAUCUCUAUUUUUAUUUGUGUGUGGUAAUAAUGAUAUGUAUGUGUAUAGAUAUGUGUUCUCGCUUUAUUUCUAAGUGAUGCUGGAAUAUAUAGGCUGUAUAGAAACAUGUACUGUCCGGAAGACUGUAUGUACCGUACCCAUGAUGCAUCGCGAACACUCAGAAUAUGGCGGUCAAACAGUAGCCAUUUUGGGCGAAACUGUUAGGAAAAGAUCUGUCACCAGAACGUUAGUUUGCUAGAAAAAUUACAUAGCACAUCUGGUCUUGUAAACACAUUUUUUUGUUUGUAUUGUGGGAAAGUUAUUUCGCUAAACUGACGCAGUGUAUUGUGGGUACUCACUCGCAUGACAACCCGGAUGUUGUCGUGUAGAAAAUGUUCGCAAUGUAGUGUUUUCAAAUAUUGGGUUCACUUUGACCUUCAACAUAUCCACGGGAUGAUUGAUUAUGAAUCAUUUUACAAUUCUCAGAUCAUUUACAUUUUUAAAUUUAUAUGAAAAGUAGGGCACUGUUAUCUGUGUAAUCAAGAACAAUAGAUGAUUAUAAUAGUACCUAUGUCGUAGAUGGUGUAACGUAGCGACUAUUGUCUUCACUCAACUCUGGGUUAUGAUCGGCAGCUGGACAUAACCUAUACAAGACGACCUUCCCGCUUUAAACUGUGAGGCGUAAAGGCCAUCAUGCAUACUCUACUCUAAGUUUCUCUAAACUUGCACUUGUUUUAUCUGUGUUGAGGAUUUGUCCACACCAAAGGGUAUAUAAAAAAGUAAGCGAGCGAAUUUUAACCACAGUCCCUCUCUGUUUUAACACUUCAAAAACCUUCAGUUUGUUCAUUCCCGUUUGAGAGUUAUCUCUUAUGAAGUAUACAUCGAAUUUACAAUCUCAGUGCUUCAUAAAAAGAACUGCACGAGACACGAGAGGUCAUGACCUGGAACAUCAUUGUUGAGUAGAAGCAAUACGUAGUGUAUGCACCUGCUAGUAUUUACACCAUAGCAUUUAUAUUGUUGGCGCGACAUUACUUCGUGACGAGCAUUACAGUAGGUGUGUGUACACAUAUCAACGUGAGGUGGAAUCAUGCUGUGGUUUUUCUACUUGGUGCGCGCCAACAACAUAAACGCUAUAGUGUACGUUGUUGCAGAGCAAUCAAUGUAUUUUCUCUCUUAAACUAAUCUAAACUACAGAGGGCGCUAUGCUCUAACAGUUGUUAUCGCUAGUUACUGUAUUUGACACUCACUUUCUGUGUAUAUUGAUCGCAUUUGUAAGUAAGUAAAUAUAAAUAGUUAUUAUAAUGGUU